AUGCCAGAGCCAUCCGGCAGCCUACCUCUCAGCGGGUUCAUCGCUAUCAACCACGCAGGCAUUCCGGUGGGAGCAGAAUUGCAUGGAUCAGACGGCUAUGACACGCUCACUUCGCUCAUAGGCGGUCCCCUUGAUGCACAUCUUCCGGUAUCGCGGCGGCCCAAAUCAGAGUCGCGAAAGAAGGAUUUCGACCAGAGCGAAGCUGCACUGGCCAAGAUCUACGAGUCGUUUGAAUUUGACGUCUUAUGGUCCAAACUCAGUGAAGUGCUGUCGCGUAUGAAGAAUGACCCUGGCGCAGCUCAGAUCCUUCUGCCCUUGAUCGAGAGCAUGAUGGUCAUCUCUCAAAAUGUGGCCACCACAGAUCCAGAAACCUCUAGCACUGCCGGCGACGUUCGACCACCACAUAGCCGUUCUUCCACUCAGGGAGGACCCAAGUCGCCACGGACAGCCAUGGAGGACAACUUUUUCGCUUUCACAGAAAAGCAUCGCAAAAUCCUCAACAUCAUGGUACGGCAGAACCCUUCGCUCAUGUCAGGAUCCUUCGCUUUGCUGGUCCGCAACCCAAAGGUGCUCGAUUUCGACAACAAGAAGAACUAUUUUACGCAGCAGCUUCACAAGGGCCGACGUGAUCAUUACACGCCGCUCUCCCUAUCUGUGCGCAGAAAUUCCGUCUUUGAGGACAGUUUCCGCUACUUUUCCAGGAAAACCGGCCCAGAAGUCAAACACGGCAAGCUCAAUGUUCGCUUCACCAACGAGGAAGGCAUCGACGCAGGUGGUGUCACCAGGGAGUGGUUCCAGGUCCUAGCUAGAGCUAUGUUCAACCCAGACUAUGCGCUCUUCCAGCCAUGUGCUGCGGAUCGUACCACGUACCAGCCGAAUCGCAUGUCCUAUGUCAACCCGGACCAUCUCUCUUUCUUCAAAUUCGUUGGACGUAUCAUUGGCAAGGCCAUCUACGACGGCCGACUGCUCGACGCUUACUUUACCCGUAGCUUCUACAAGCAUAUCCUCGGCAAACCUGUCGACUACCGAGAUUUGGAGUCGAUUGACCCGGAGUACUUCAAGAGUCUCGAAUGGAUGCUCAGUAACGAUAUCACAGACAUCCUCGAUCUCACCUUCAGCGUCGAUGACGAAGAGUUCGGUGAGACCAAGGUUGUCGACCUCAAGCCGAAUGGAACGAGCAUCUCAGUCACCGAGGCCAACAAGCAAGAGUAUGUGCGCCUUGUCACCGAGCAGAGGCUUACCAAGUCGAUCAAAUCCCAGAUCGAUGCCUUCCUUGGUGGCUUUAACGAGAUUAUUCCCUCCGACCUCAUCCGCAUCUUUUCUGAGCAGGAGCUAGAACUUCUCAUCUCGGGUCUGCCCGACAUCGACGUUGAUGCUUGGAAGAAUAACACAGAGUUGCACGGCUACAGCUCUGGUGACGCCGUCGUUCAGUGGUGGUGGCGUGCCGUUCGAUCGUUCGAUCAGACCGAGAAAGCUAAGCUCCUGCAGUUCAUCACGGGAACGAGCAAAGUGCCAUUGGAAGGCUUCGCACACCUCCAAGGUGUACAGGGCACACAAAGGUUCAACAUUCACAAGGCCUACGGAGCCGAUCGAUUGCCAGCAGCGCAUACAUGCUUCAAUCAGCUCGACCUGCCCCAGUAUGAAUCGUAUGAAAAGCUACGAUCUUCACUCUUGCUUGCCAUGAACGAAGGUGGCGAGGGCUUCGGUUUCGCUUGA